AUGCAGCCUCAGGUAGCAGCUGGUAGCAGUUUCUUCGUCCACGCCUUGCGAAUGCAGUCAAGUAGUCCCGAUGACACGUCUUUGCUGACCAUGCCGCCUCAGGUAGUAGCUGGUAGCAGUUUCUUCGUCCACGCCUCGCGACUGCAGUCAAGUAGUCCCGAUGACACGUCUCAGCUGACCAUGCCGCCUCAGGUAGCAGCUGGUAGCAGUUUCUUCGUCCACGCCUCGCGACUGCAGUCAAGUUGUCCCGAUGACACAUCUCAGUUGACCAUGCCGCCUCAGGUAGCAGCUGGUAGCAGUUUCUUCGUACACGCCUCGCGACUGCAGUCAAGUAGUCCCGAAGACACGUCUCAGAUGACCAUGCCGCCUCAGGUAGCAGCUGGUAGCAGUUUCUUCGUACACGCCUCGCGACUGCAGUCAAGUAGUCCCGAUGACACGUCUCAGCUGACCAUGCCGCCUCAGGUAGCAGCUGGUAGCAGUUGCUUCUUCCACGCCUCGCGACUUCAGUCAAAUAGUCCCGAUGACACGUCUCAGCUGACCAUGCCGCCUCAGGUAGCAGCUGGUAGCAGUUUCUUCGUCCACGCCUCGCGACUGCAGUCAAGUUGUCCCGAUGACACGUCUCAGCUGACCAUGCCGCCUCAGGUAGCAGCUGGUAGCAGUUUCUUCGUCCACGCCUCGCGACUGCAGUCAAGUAGUCCCGAUGACACGUCUCAGCUGACCAUGCCGCCUCAGGUUGCAUAUGGUAGCAGUUUCUUCGUCCACGCCUCGCGACUGCAGUCAAGUAGUGCCGAUGACACGUCUCAGCUGACCAUGCCGCCUCAUGUAGCAGCUGGUAGCAGUUUCUUCGUCCACGCCUCGCGACUGCAGUCAAGUAGUCCCGAUGAAACGUCUCAGCUGACCAUGCCGCCUCAGGUAGCAGCUGGUAGUAGUUUCUUCGUCCACGCCUCGCGACUGCAGUCAAGUAGUCCCGAUGACACGUCUCAGCUGACCAUGCCACCUCAGGUAGCAUCUGGUAGCAGUUGCUUGGUCCACGCCUCGCGACUGCAGUCAAGUAGUCCCGAUGACACGUCUCAGCUGACCAUGCCGCCCCAGGUAGCAGCUGUUAGCAGUUUCUUCGUCUACGCCUCGCGACUGCAGUCAAGUAGUCCCGAUGACACGUCUCAGCUGACCAUGCCGCCUCAGGUAGCAGCUGGUAGCAGUUUCUUCGUCCACGCCUCGCGACUGCAGUCAAGUAGUCCCGAUGACACGUCUCAGCUGACCAUGCCGCCUCAGGUAGCAGCUGGUAGCAGAUUCUUCGUCCACGCCUCGCGACUGCAGUCAAGUAGUCCCGAUGACACGUCUCAGCUGACCAUGCCACCUCAGGUUACAGCUGGUAACAGUUUCUUCGUCCACGCCUCGCGACUGCAGUCAAGUAGUCCCGAUGACACUUCUCAGCUGACCAUGCCGCUUCAGGUAGCAGCUGGUAGCUGUUUCUUCGUCCACGCCUCGCGACUGCAGUCAAGUAGUCCCGAUGACACAUCUCAGCUGACCUUGCAGCCUCAGGUAGCAGCUGGUAGCAGUUUCUUCGUCCACGCCUCGCGACUGCAGUCAAGUAGUCCCGAUGACACUUCUCAGCUGACCAUGCCACCUCAGGUUACAGCUGGUAGCAGUUUCUUCGUCCACGCCUCGCGACUCCAGUCAAGUAGUCCCGAUGACACGUCUCAGCUGACCAUGCAGCCUCAGGUAGCAGCUGGUAGCAGUUUCUUCGUCCACGCCUCGCGACUGCAGUCAAGUAGUCCCGAUGACACUUCUCAGCUGACCAUGCCACCUCAGGUUACAGCUGGUAGCAGUUUCUUCGUCCACGCCUCGCGACUGCAGUCAAGUAGUCCCGAUGACACUUCUCAGCUGACCAUGCCGCCUCAGGUUACAGCUGGUAGCAGUUUCUUCGUCCACACCUCGCGACUGCAGUGA